AGGCUUGGUUCAAUCCCCUUACAUGCCCACAGUUUUCAUGUGUAGAACUGCUACCCCCAAAAAUCCCAACCACACGUCGGAAGAUCUUUAGCAUUUAUUUAUUAAUCAUUUUUUUUUCUUUUAAUCCUCUGAAUAAUAAUCCAAAAGAAAGACAAACACGUAGGUGGAGUCCAUUGGUGCCGCACUUUUGAUUCUCUCUUUUUUUUUUUUCUUGUUUGUGUGUGUGUGUGUGCGUGCUUGUUGGUGUGGAGAACUCAUCUCAUUUUACCUCUCUUUCCGGGUGUUUUCCCCGUUUUGCGGUAAUCGUGUGAAGCGAGCCCGCCAGCGUAGCGAAUCUUGUGUCAUUAACUGUUGGCUUCAGUAGAGUCUUUUCUUCUUACUUUUGUUUUUGUUUUUUCUUUGGUACUCUUUCUUUCUGUCUUCGUGGUGGUGAGUGGAGCUCUCGAGACACACGUUUCCUUUUUUUUGCUUGUGUUCUCGGCAAGGGGCGACGUCGUACCCUGCGGAACUCCUCCUUUGUGACUUCUCUCUCUCUCUCUCCUCUUUUUAUUUUCUUCUGUUUUCCGUUUAUUUGUAAUUAGUAGUGUUCCCCCGUUUUCUUUAUUAUUAUUAUUAUUAUUAUUAUUAUUAUUAUUAUUAUUAUUGUUUUUGGUUUCCUGCAACCCGUCAGAUCAUAUUGCACGCGCUCCCUUCGGUUUCUUCAUUGUUUUCUCUUCUUGAACGGUAGCUUUUUAUCUAUCAUUAUUGCUAUCAAUCCCCACACCCAUUCAAGCGCACAGACACAGGCGGACAAACACGCGAGUUGGCCGAGCACGUAAGACGGCUGCACAAAGAGUACUGCUGAGUUGCUGUCGCGGUAGUGUCCGCGGGUGAUUGACACCGCCUGCCAUUGCGCCUUCAAGUGCCUGCUGCCUUCUUGGCGUACUUCGUACUUCUCCCUCGACACAGUUUCUCUUCUUUCCCAGUCACCGGUGACAUCCAUUGAGUGGUGUGACGGCCCUCAUAUUUCUUUGUAUUAGCUUGUUGGACAUUAAUAUUCGCCGCCUCUAUUGCUCCUCAUGUCUACCGCAGGACGGUACCGCCACGUGGUGAAGCUGGGAGAGGGCACCUAUGGAAGCGUGUACAAGGGGACGGAGAUCCAGACGGGGCGGGUGGUGGCCUUCAAGCGCAUGGUGGUGACGAGCGACGAUGAGGGGAUUCCCGGCGCGGCCAUCCGUGAAAUCUGUCUCUUGAAGGAGCUCCGCCACAACAACGUCGUGGAGCUGUUCGAAGUGCUUUUCGAACCUCCCAAAAUUACAAUGAUCUUCGAGCUGUGCGACUGCGAUCUCAAGCGGUACAUGGAGUCCCGCCCUCAGCGCCUGCUCGACGCAGAUACCGAGGUGCGGCCCAUUCUGAAGCAGAUCUUUCUCGGGUUGGAGUACCUGCACGGUCGCUGCGUCGUGCACCGCGACAUGAAGCCGCAGAACAUAUUUGUGAACGUGCGCGGGCCUGACUUUGCGGCUCUGACGGCGCUCCCGUCAUCGCCGCCGCCACCGCCGCGGCAGCUCGUGCCGAACUGUGUUAAUGAUAAGAGCAACAAACCACCCGGUAGCGUGUCACCGUGGGAGGAGGCGACGAGCGCACGCGACGCACCAAAUCAGCUCAUCAUUAAAAUCGGCGACUUCGGUCUGGCCCGCGUGGAGGAGAUUCCCGUGAAGAAGUACUCGCAGGAGGUGGUCACCCUGUGGUACCGCAGCCCGGACGUGCUCAUGAGCUCUUCCCUCUACUCCUACCCCGUGGAUAUUUGGUCGAUGGGGGCCAUCUUUUUUGAGAUGUCGACCGGGAAGGUGUUGUUUAGCGGACGCAACGAGGACGAGCAGCUGCUGCGCAUGUUCUGGCUCCUCGGCUCGCCGACGAAAGAGACGUGGCCGUCAUUGUUGUCCUACACCGGGACAACGGAGCGGCUCGAGCGGGCAAGCCGCGCAGCAGCGGAGCGGCCCGACUUGGCGGUAGGCGGUGAUGUCUACGUUCAGCAGCAGCAGCAGCAGGCGCAGGGGUCGUCGCAGUCGCACAGCAGCAGCAGCCGCGCCCCCGAUGUUCUUACGCAGCUGGCGCACAAGCGUUUUUACCACAGCGCGAGUGCGAUGCAGCGGCGGGAGGAGAGCGCGCGCAGUGCCGCCAACUCGUACCACCUCCCCGUAGAACUGUGGUUUGACCGCCCGCUGUUUAACGAGUACAUGGCCGCCACGCCGUUCGCCGCGAGCGCGUCGGGGGCGGGGGUGGACUUGCUUCGUCGUUGUCUCAUGUACGAGCCGAAGCACCGCAUCACCGCGGCGGAGGCGGUGCACCACCCUUAUUUAGAAAGUGUGCCGAUCCCAACGGCAGGAGCGUUGGACGUCUUGAUCACCUCUCUCUUGCAGACGAUGGACGCGGUUCAUUUGCUUUAG